CUUCAGUAAGUCCGCAUGCUGCAUCAAACAGGCUUGUUCGUUUCGAGUUGCUCUGUGGAUAUACCGUACAAAAAUGGGUGAAGUCAACACACUUUCUCCGUCGACGAAAUGGGCACAGCGAAAAGACAAAAUCUUCCUUACGAUCGAACUGGCCGAUUGUCAAAACCCAGACAUAGUCCUCAAAUCCGAUACUUUACAAUUCAGUUCUAAAGGAGGAAAAGAUCAAAAAACAUAUACGUUGAAUCUAGAAUUCUACGGCGAGGUUGACCCAGGGAAAUCAAAACAGCAUAUAACUGCAAGGGAGCUCUCUUUUUCUCUCGCAAAGAAAGAGGAAGGUCCCUAUUGGCCAAAACUUCUCAAAGAUGCAAAGAAGCCAAGUUUUCUUCAUACUGAUUUUAACAAAUGGAGAGAUGAGGAUGACUCAGAGGAAGAAGACACAGGAAUGGAUGAUGAUUUUGAAGCUAUGAUGAGUAAGAUGGGAGGACAUGGUGCAGGUGCAGGUGCAGAGAGCUUUGAUCCAGGAGAUGUAGAUGGGUCAGAAGACAGUGACGAUGAAGAACUACCAGACUUGGAGAGCUGAGAACGAUUUAGUUUGACUGUAUAGAGAAUUUAAAUAGUUCCUGUGGAGAUGGCCCUAUCAUCUAACCGCUUGUAGUGGCAUGUUCUCAUUUCAUGCUGCUGUGAUUUUGCUCCUCAGUGGGACAUGAGUCCAUUGCUUUUAUCAGUUGUUUAAAAUGCAGUCCAUGUCAGAAAUAAAUGUGUUGCUUGUUAUUAAAGAAACAAAGUCCCUUGUU